GUUGCCUUUGCUGGAGUCGAUUGUCUUCCUACCUAAUCAAGAGGAUCAGUUGGUUUGGUUGGGUGACAAGAAAGGAAUGUUUACUUUCAAGGCGGACGCACAUCUUUCUCAAGAUCUCUCUCAGGAAUUCUCUGUAAAACGACCAUCUAAAAUGUUACAUAACUUGUCCAUCUCCUGGUACAUGGACUGGUAUUUAUAGGCUAACUAAACUCAUGGUGGUGUGGUCGUCCGAACUCGGUGGGCUGUCUUCCCUCUCUCUGGUUUCCUCGGGCUGACAUCCAUACUACUUCUCACGAUGACUCGCUGGGUUCUCCCUGCGAGUUGUCUCGCCUUCUCCUGGAUCGUGUUGUCCUUCUAUGGAGAACUUGGUGCUCUGGGUCGUAGUAUGGAUCGCUAAGUCUCUCUUGACGAUGCGGAACUACCCACGUCUUGUUCUUGUCCUUCAUUAAAUGCGGUCUUGCUUUUUAGACUUGACCGUCUGAACAGAUUAGAUCUUUAUUUACAUGCGUCAUUCAUGUGGCGCUGGUGCAGUUGCCUCGACUGAGACAAAACUACUUUUUGGAGGAUGAUUCGGUGCUCCUACCUUAUCACCUCAUCAGAUGUUCAUCCUUUAAGAUGCUGACACGUGGACAUCGGGUAUUUUACCCACAUAUUUUGCUCCUUUUCUUUGCAACUUGCCAAGGGCAUGAUGGGUAGAAAACUUGGUAACCGUCGCACCUUUUCCGCCACGUUCCUGGCUUACGCCACGUCUUCAUUUUUAAUGCGCUUUUAGCCAUUGGACUUGAGGCGCCGGUUGGUGGUCCUUUGGUUUCUUAUAAAAUCUAUUGGGAGGAGAGAAUGUCGCCUUUAAUACCUCUUUUCAUAGUUCAGAAUUUUUUCAUUCUUUCUCUCUUUUGUCUGUUGCUGUUUCUCCUUAACUACUUGUCUCCCAUAAAGAGAUUCACGAUGUCUGGAAGGAACUCUCCAUCUCGAACUUCAAGACGUCCCGGAAAAGCUCCGAUGAUAACUCCUAGUUCUGAGCGUUUCGGCGGCCCUUAUGACGAUGAGUUUCUUGAAUCGGCGAGGGUUAGAAACCAUCUCCAACGAUUCAAGAUUUCUUACGCCACUAACGAGAAGCAACAUGGCGUUCUUUCAAGGGAUCUUCUGGCAGCGAACCCCUGUGGGCUCGAUGAGAUCAUUGUCUCGGUGGGCCAACUCGACGCCGGCCUUCGUCUUCCCCUAUACUGUCCGUUGAAUACUUUCCAGUACGAAGCAUUGUGCCUGCUUGAUUCUCAGCGAGCCAUAAAUCAGCCCGAUGGUAACUUCUAUAGGAUCGCCCGAGAGUGUAAUCGCCGAAGCCAAGGCAAAGUUACUCGGCACGAGUUGAACAGGUUCGAUCCUAGCCAAAAGGGUUUAUACACUCCUGAAACCUUUGUGGAGAACUAUUGGUGCCAUCAGUCCGACACCUAUGAUGGUUUUGGGGUUGGGAUCUCUAGAUCUCGAAAGAGCGCUCGAGAUCUUACGUACUUGUCCGAUUUGGAUCCAAAGCUUGCUACUAACCGUACGCCUCGUAAGACCCACGACCAUAAAUGGCCUCUUGCUCCUAUCCGAGUUAAGGGUCCUUAUAUUUAUGGUUGGGACGAGCUUGGUAACGUUCUUCCUUGCAAUCUUGAGAUGCAUGCUCAUCUGCCUGCUUAUAGGCCCUGGGAGAUCAAAUGGAACUUCCCUCGUUGUGGGCUGUCUCAGUCGUCUCGGGAUGGCGAGGAUGCUAAGAGGAGGAGGUUGAAUGAUGGUGUCGGGACAUGAAAUGCUAGUGCACCUGAGAAUGCAAUGGAAGUGGAUAUUUAUGCCCUGUUUGGUGAGAACGAAGUGUUAGAUGUUACUGAUUCGUUCUUGGAUGAUCUCGACCAAGCUCUAUUGGCUGAUCCGAUCGAUCCUGACGCUUCUUUUGGGUCGGAGAUGAGUCUGCCCCAGGUGAGUGCUGCCGUUGGCGGCGAGGGAGCAGGGGGUGGACAAGGUUUGGUUCCGAUCAACUUUGGUGCUCCGAGCGUACCAAGUAACUUUUCUAGUGGGUUUCCUUCUUCUUCUGCGGGUCCGUCCGACACUCCUUCUGUGCGUCUGUUUAGUGGCGGCUCCGAGUCCAUGGCUAUGAUGUGCUCGGAAAAGUAUGCUCUACUGAGCGAAGACGAGCAUGAUCGCGUCUUGGAUUCCUUGGAUAGGGAUGCACAUCAGCGGCUUGUAUUAUCGAGCAACAAUCUUAGGAUUGGCUUGCUCGCCAAAGCUCGUGCUGCUGGAAGGAGAGCUAAAGCUGCUGAACAUGAGGCUCAAUUGCUUCGUACUGGACUGCAACUGGCUAGGGAUGAAGCAUUGGCGUUUCACCAAAAUAAGAAGGAUUUGGAAGUGACGGUCAAGAAAUUGGAGGAGCAGUUAGAAGAUACUCUCUGUAGGCAUGGUAGAGAGCGUAGUGAGCUCAGACUUGAUGUGAGUUCACAUCAGUGUAAGAUUGACUCCUUAGAGCAAGAGAAGGUGUUGUUGCAAAAAGAUGUUGAUGUUCAUCGGAAUCGUAUUGUAGAGCUACGCCAUUUGCUGGAUAAGGCCAACAAGAUAGCCGUGAAGCGUUCAGAUGAUAUCAAGAUGCUUCAAGAUCAGAAGGAUGAGCUUAUUAACUGGCAGUGCGAUCAUAGGCCUAUCGUAUUACAGGCGGAGGAAGACAAGGAGACAUUGAAACGUCUCAAGCGAGAUUAUAUCGCUUUGGAGAAGGAGCGCGAUAGGCAUAUGUUAUCUUGUCCUCAAAGCGAGGCGGCUGUGACUCCUUCAGAAGCAAGGCUUAUUUCUCUAGAUACCGAGACGUCCCGUUUAGAGCAGAACUUAGCCACCGUUUUGCAUGAAAACGAAGAGAUUUGCAAACAAAAGGCUGAGUUGGAGAAGCAAUUGGAGAAGGAAAGAUCAGCUAGGCGUGGCCUUGAUCGGUAUCUUGAUGAAUUGGUGAGUAUCCAUGAAGAAGAAUCGGCUGCCGCUCGUGCCGAGAAAGCUGAGAGCCUGGCCAAUCUUCAUGCGCAGUACAAGGUUACGAUAACAAAGGCAUGCAAGGCUGUUGUCCUCCGAGAACGCCAACGAGUUGCUGCUGCGAACAUCGUUGUCCCUCCGCCAGUUGUCGACCCCGUGCCUGAGACCGUACAGGAUGCUGGUAUCGCCGAGGGAGAGGCAGAGGUUGAGCAAGAGGCUCCAGGCGAUGGACAAGCCUGAAUUUGCUCCUUUCUUGCUUUUGGUUUCUUUCUUUUAGCUUCUUAUAUUUGGACAUGAAUUGGUUGAUUUACUUGCUUCUUUUUGGAAACAGUUUCGUCUUUUGUUGGAAAGUCCUCAGUUGUGGGAGGCAUAACAUUGUUAUUUUUGUGGUAGGUCCUCGUAUGUGGGAGGCACUUUAACUUUGUUGCUAACUGAUUUUUAACACUGCUGUCUGGCGACCGCCAUGUUUUUUUUUGUA